GGGAGUAGUACAUGGGUGGGAGGAAAGAGCAGCCUGGCCUGCGUGUGGUCACUGAGGGAGAGAAUGGCUUCAGACAGGCAUGGAAUGAUGCAAGCAGAGAAAAAAAGAAGGAUUCAAAUACAGGCUCUACGACUUUUUGUCUUGGUGACUUUGAACCAGUGACACCCACCCUUAUGAGCUUUGUUUUCCUUAUCUGCAGAACAGGUAUAAAUAAGGUACCUACCAUAGAGGGCUCAAAUGGGGGGCCCUUGCAGACCCGAAGUAAAAUGCUUGCACAGAACCCACACCGGAAUAUUAGGUUUGUUACGAUUCCAGCAUACGGGUUUACAGCACGGUUAAGGAAAAGUCAGUUAGGUCUGUAUUAACAUUAGGUAGGACAAGGGACUCUGAGCAAGUCUGGUUAUCCCCCUGAAUCCUCAGUUUCCCCAUCUGUAACUUGGGGGGGAAUAAGAAGAGUUCAUAGGGUUACUGGGAAGGUUCAGUGAGUUCAUGCACAAGAAGGGCCAGGCACGUACAUUCUUGCCGAUUCACGAUUCACGACUCCAAGGCCCACAUCCCAGUUGUUUUCCAAAACUUGUUUUUUUCCCUUGGUCUCCGAGGAGGGGCGCUCUCAGCAGGAACCGGGGCACGCGGAGCUGCGCCCGCGGGCAUGGGCGGGGCGACCCUUGCGCCCACCCCGUGAGUCAGGUGGGCGGGGCGAGAAGGGAUUUCCCCAGAGCGCGCGCGCAGCGGCCGCAGGUAUUCGGACAAGAUGGCGGAGGCAGCGGUCGACAGCCCGAUGGAGGUGGUGCAAGCGGUGGUGGACGAGGCUAUGCCCGACGAGGCGGGCCUCGGCUGCUUGGUCAGCCUGCCCGGCGAGCUGCUGGAGUACAUCCUGUGCAGCGGCCCGCUGGCGGCCACGGACAUCCUCCACGUCGCCAGCACCUGCCGGAGACUGCGGGAGCUGUGCCAGAGUAGCGGGAAGGUGUGGAAGGAGCAGUUCCGGGUGAGGUGGCCUUCCCUUAUGAACCACUACAGCCCCACCGACUACGUCAAUUGGCUGGAGGAGUAUAAAGUUCGUCAAAAAUCUGGGGUAGAAGCCCGGAAGAUUGUAGCCUCCUUCUCAAAGAGGUUCUUUUCUGAGCACGUUCCUUGUAAUGGUUUCAGUGACAUCGAGACUCUCGAGGGCCCAGAGAUAUUUUUCGAGGACGAACUGGUGUGUAUCCUGAACAUGGAAGGAAGGAAAGCUUUGACCUGGAAGUACUAUGCAAAAAAAAUCCUUUACUACCUGCGGCAACAGAAAAUCUUAAACAAUCUCAAGACAUUUCUCCAGCACUCGGAUGACUAUGAAUCGUAUCUCGAAGGCGCCGUGUUCAUCGACCAGUACUGCAACCCCCUGGCUGAGAUCACCCUCAAGGACACCCAGGCCCAGUUCGACAGCAUCGUGGAGCUCGUGCGCAAAGCCCUCCGAGGCCUCAACAGCCGCCACCCCAGCCUGACCUUCAGGGCAGGGCGGUCCUCCAUGGUGAGAGAGCUCGACCUCCAGGGCCAGGUGCUGGAGGCCAUGAACUAUGUCCUCUACGACCAACUGAAGUUCAAGGGGAACCGAAUGGACUACUACAAUGCCCUGAACUUAUACAUGCACCAGGUUCUGACCCGCAGAACCGGGAUCCCCAUCAGCAUGUCCCUGGUGUACAUGACCAUUGCCCGGCAGCUGGGGGUCCCUCUGGAACCUGUCAACUUCCCAAGUCACUUCUUGCUGAGAUGGUGCCAAAGCACAGACAGGGCCAACCUGGACAUCUUUGACUACAUCUACAUCGACGCUUUCGGGAAGGGCAGGCAGCUGACGGUGAAGGAAUGUGAAUACCUGAUUGGCCAGCACGUGACCCCGGCCCUGUACGGGGUGGUCAACGUGAAGAAGGUGCUGCAGCGAAUGGUGGGAAACCUUCUGAGCCUGGGCAAGCGCAGGGAAGGUAUUGACCAGUCGUACCAGCUCCUGCGAGACUCGCUGGACCUGUAUCUGGCGAUGUACCCGGACCAGGUACAGCUGCUGCUCCUCCAAGCCAGGCUCUACUUCCACCUGGGAAUCUGGCCAGAGAAGUCUUUCUGUCUUGUCUUGAAGGUGCUUGACAUCCUGCAGCACAUUCAGAGCCUGGACCCCGGGCAGCACGGGGCGGUGGGCUACUUGGUGCAGCACACCCUGGAGCACAUCGAGCGCAAGAAGGAGGAGGUGGGCGUGGAGGUGAAGCUCCGCUCCCAUGAGAAGCACAGGGAUGUCUGCUACUCCAUUGGGCUCAUUAUGAAGCACAAGAGCAGGUAUGGCUACAACUGCGUGAUCUACGGUUGGGACCCCACCUGCAUGAUGGGACACGAGUGGAUUCGCAACAUGAACGUCCACAGCCUGCCUCACGGCCAUCACCAGCCUUUCUACAAUGUUCUGGUGGAGGACGGUUCUUGCAGAUACGCAGCCCAGGAAAACUUGGAAUAUAAUGUGGAGCCUCAAGAAAUCUCGCACCCCGAUGUCGGACGCUAUUUCUCAGAGUUCACGGGCACUCACUACAUCCCAAACGCAGAGCUGGAGCUCCGGUACCCGGAGGAUCUGGAGUCUGUGUACGAGACGGUGCAGAAUAUUUACAGUGCCAAGAAGGAGAACGCAGAGUAAACCUAGUAGAGGACAUUGUACCUUUGCUGCUGCUGCUGCUAUCUUCCACAAGAACAGGAUUCUAGAAGUCUCCACGGAUCCCUCUGGAUUCAUCCCACCAGGAAAGCCACUUAGCCAGGGGUGCCGGGCCCCCCUCAGUUUAGGUAGCCUGUGCUCUCCCCCAGCUGUAAAGGCAAUGUCGCUCUCCGCCUGCACUAGUGAGUCCGUUUGAAAGGCCCUGUGUUCAGUGGUAUGGCUUGUACGCUUGUCCUGUGGUGACAGUGUGUGACAUUCUGUCUUCAUGAGGUCUCACAGUCGACACUCUUACAAUAAUCUCUUUUUUGACUCACUUUUCAUUCUGUCGCACAUUCAUCUCAGAACACUUUCCUUGCUGGGCAGAUAGGGUUAUUGUAAGUUUGCAGUAGUUUCUCUUCUGAUUACUCUGGAGAAGGACUCUUUCUUUGUCUCGGUACCCUGAGUUCAGUCGCUUGUUCGGAGGUGAAGCUGAGUGAUCUUGGAGAUUAACAAACUAGUGGUAAUCAGAAUCAUUUGCUUUUAUUUUUUCUCUGUGAAACAGAUUUAAGCAUUUAUCUUUUUCUGUAUUUGAAUUAGGAGAGUAACCGUUUUUCCUCUUGGAUUUAUGCCUCUAUCUUUCUGAAUCAUUAGUUUUCCAUUUUAUUACAUGAAAUUCUUUGAGAAAAUGUAUAAUGGCCUUGGUGAUGGGUUUUUUCCCUGUUCAUCUACUAUGCCUCCCUUUAAAAUAAGUACUUUAAAAAUUUUUUUUAACUAUUCAGUAUCAUAAGUAGAUCUUAAACUGGUGAUGGGUUCUCUUUACAGUAGGAAGUACAAUCUGAUGUUAAAUUUUAGAAAUUUUCCUGCGCAGUCUCUAAAGACCCAAAAAUGAGAUUUCGCUUGUGUAAGCAGAAAAAAAGAUAAUGAACUUUAAAAAUGAAAAAAAGAAAAAAAAAAAAAGAAAGAGGAGGCUUCACGCCCCCACGACUCACCGCCAAACUUUUUUGAAUGUGUUAGUGUAGAAAUACAUGAACCAUCUUUCAGUUUAAGAGUCUUUGAUCUGUGGGCAAGGAAACAAGUGUAACCUGCGCUCUCCGGUCACCAUGGCUAUGAAGCCAUCAGCACGCAGCCUGUUCUCCGGCCCCUCGGGGCCGCCCCACUUCCUACUCAGACCACAGCGGCUUCUUUUCCGUAGUCUUAGUAACAGCGUGGACAGUUCCAAGCCAGGACUCCAGCCAGAUGACCUCAUGGGUCUAGAGUCAGGGCCUCGGAACUCCCUCCCUCAGGUGGAAAGAACCCAGUUGAUUUACUGGAUGGGGCCUUAGGGGACAGGGAUCCAGUCACCCGUCACUGCCAGUGUUCGUUUGCAUGCAGGACAUCCUCACCCUGUUUGAUGACUGCCUCCUAUUGAUUCUUUUUGAAACCCAAGGAUGACAGAGGUUUGGAGGCUGCAAAUAGACACUUGGUAGCAAGCGACAGCUGAGUUACGUGAUUACUAGAAAGAGAUGGAGUUUUGACCACCCAGCUCCCUCCACCUGAGUUCUCUGUCGUCCAGGGUCCGUGUCCCUCAUCAAAUCUAGACUCAGACAAUUUGGACUUGCCUUUGGCAUUGUGACCACUCACAGCACCCAGCCCACCUGAGGCUGGGGGUUUCACACUACUCUCACCGGAGGGUGGAAAGUGGGGAGUUCGGGGUGAAUACUAGCGUUGCAACACUAAGAAACUGUGCACACGCUGAGAAGUGGGAUCCUUGCGUCUCGGGUGGAUUUUCUUUGUCCGCAGAGUAACAUCAAAGCCAAGAAAGAUGGUUUCACCUGUAAAUAUGUGUCUAGACUGUUUUUAAAUGUUUUCUUGUGAAUGCUUCAUUUGGCUCCAGGAGGCCUCGGGCACCUGUGUCAGCUGGUAUUUGGGCACUUUAUAUUUUUCUAAUAACGUGUUUUGGAACCUGUACUCUAAUAAAUCAUAAGUUUCUUUUUAAAAUUUUUCCAAAGUUUUCUCCACUUUAAAAAUCCCUGUUAUAAAAGUAGAACUUUCACAAUGUUAAAAUAUUAAAUAUUUGGAUAUAAUAACUUCUUUUCUCUUCCAAUGAAUGAAUGCCAAGAUUUUCUUUGGUACAAUGUUAGCAAGUGGGACUUGGACUUACCUAGAGAGGCCGCGUAAACGGCCCAGUUUCCUUGCAGAACAGAAAGACCCACCGCGACAAGCAGCAGAAUGUCUCUCACUUCUCUUCUAAUCAAAAUAUGCAAAAGUUGGCCCUGCUGAAAUUUUCCUCAAUGUUGGUGAGCGCACAGGGUAUCUUUAGUCUGUGAUUUUCCUGCCAAACGCGAAUUUUAGAAGCUCGCUAGUAAUCUUGAGAGUUCAUCUGCUUGUAGUGCAAAGACUUCAGCUUUUCAGUUACGUCGAAGUCUGUGUUUGUGAGACAAGAACGUCGGGGGCUCCGAGGGAAGCCCCAGCAGGAGGUCAACGUCGACCCGGCAUCCGCGCGCCCUGCAGCCCGCCCAGAGUGUCCGGCGCAGUCCCAUUCUUCCUGCCGUUGCCGCGCGUGGGCUGCGCAGUCUCCAGUCGCCUGCGCUGCAGUGUUUCUCGGAGCCUGUAACGUGCUGUUGGGCGGCGUGACUGUUAGAGAGCCUGCAGUGUGUCCCAUCUUCGACCCUGGAGCGUCCCUCCCGUGCACACGCCGCGUCCCGGGGCCCGGUGCGUGCCGGCCACCGCUGGGGAGCACUGUCUCAGUGAGACGCCGGCCCCCCAGCCACGCCUGACUCGAGUCCAUCUGAGCGUCAGCCCAGUUGGGCCAAGCGUCUCAUUGGAAACUGUUACCUGUUACCCAUCAGUCAGACUUUGAAAGGCCGCCUUCAUGUUGUCUGUCUGCCUGAACCCUGUUGUAGAUCUCGACUAUAAGUGCAUUGACACCGCAGAACUGUUUGAUUGCGAGAACCUGCGCGGAACGCUGUUGCUAAAUCAGUUUAACAUUUUCCCAUAUCUACUUACUGUCUCGUUCUAAUUUUACAAUGUCAGAUGUCUCGGUCUUCCCUAAUGUAUCGCGUCGAGUCGCGCGUCCCUGGUUUCGGCUGUCUUCUGCUACCAUCAAGGAAGUCCCUUUGCUAUGAAGGGAAAUGCUUUUCUCUCACUCCUUAUUCCAGAUAUGUGAACUUGAACCACCAGCAACUUUUUAAUUCGAGAGUAUCUUGUGACCGUGAAAAUCAAGAUGUUUGUCUUUUGUUUCCGGGAGGGGAGGAGAGACUGUCCACCCGGAGGAAGUGAGGCAGUCAGCUCUGUGGCAGUGCAUUUUUGGAGACGUUAGUAGCUGUAUUGCAUGUAUUACUUUGUACUGCUUGCUUGCUUUGAGCCAGGCGCUGGCCACACGUGGACGGCCCUCCCCGCAGCGCUACAAGGCAGGGCCAGGUAGUGAACAUUGGGACUGCACACUGUCUGCCACAGACUCUUCUCUGUUUUUAAAACCCUACAAAACAACCAAUCUGAGCCCGGGGGCUGUACAGAAGCGGGCCGGAGGUGGGACGCAGCCCGCCAGCCGUCGUCUGCUGACCCCGGCCGGGGGCGGGGCCUGCCUGGCAUCCCACUGCCCCGAUGGGGAAUGCGCGCUCUGCCCGUGCGUAGGGGGACCUGGCGUUCGACAGCCACACUACCGACUACCUCGCAAUGUUUUUACCUUUCGCCUUGCAGCAACUUUAACUUCUGACCUUUCACUUCUGAAAAUUUAGAAUCAAGAGAAAAGGACAUUCCUAUGGUGAUUAAAGUGUGCAAUUAUAGCAUAAAUGUAUUAUGGCCAUUUAGCAAUGACUGUAUUAGGGUAAUGCUAGUUCUGUAAUAAAUAGAUCCCUGAAAAAUGCAA